GCGCGCAACAGGGCUGUGCGCGUUCCAGUAUUAGUACCCACAUGCUCGCUCUCACAGCUCAGUCAGCGUUUGACUCAGUAGUGGCAGCCACAGGAUCCAGGAUUUUCCACUUGUCAGUUACACUCCCCGAUACCGAAAUCAAGUGCAUCCCUUUCAGCUUAAAAAUGUCAAAGUUGGAUCAGAUCCUUGUUCUUGACCCUCCCGUCGACCUCAAAUUCAAAGGUCCUUUCACAGAUGUAGUCACCACGAACCUCAAAUUGAAGAACCCUUCUGACAGAAGAGUGUGUUUCAAAGUGAAGACGACCGCACCGCGCAGGUACUGUGUACGGCCAAACAGCGGGGUCAUCGAUCCAGGAGCAACUGUCAUUAUCUCCGUCAUGCUACAGCCGUUUGACUACGACCCCAACGAGAAAAGUAAACACAAAUUCAUGGUGCAGACCAUUUUUGCCCCUCCAAAUGUUUCUGAUAUGGAUUCAUUGUGGAAAGAUGCAAAACCCGAUGAUCUCAUGGAUUCCAAGCUGAGAUGUGUCUUUGAACUGCCUUCUGAAAACGAUAAAAUGAAUGACGUGGAGGCGACCAAAGCAGCCCCGGUGAUGAACUCUGCGAAGGCCGACCCAUCAUCAGCCUCUGUGCCUGUCACUGCCUCAUUGGACGAGUCGGAGAUGAAGAAAGUUCUGGAGAAGUGCAAGAGGCUUCAAGCUGAGAUGAAUAAGCUGGCUGAGGAGAACCGGCAAUUAAAGGAUGAAGGCAUUCGAAUGAGAAAGGUACCCCGCUCAGACCACAUGACAUCAAACUCAACCAGCCUCCUCGGCAGAGAAUCCAGCACCGCCUCCCUGCCCUCCCUCCUCGUCGUCAUAGCAGCCAUCUUCAUCGGAUUCUUCCUAGGGAAGUUCAUCUUGUAGACUGGGAGAUGCAUGCCAGCCGUGUCCCCGUGUCCCCGUCCCCCCCCCCCCCCUCCCGCCCUUCCUCCCCCCCUCUUGCUCCCUUCCCCUUCGACUCCGGAAUAAAAACAGGCCUGGAAAAACCGAGAAGUCUUUCUGUUGACUUUGCCAUAUCAUUGGUAGUGUGGCCUACAGUGAACACAUCUGUACAGCAUCAUUCGAAGGCGUCGCCUUUUUACAGUCUCACACAGUUAGUACACACAGAGGGUUGAGAAAAGAAAGGCGACACACAAGUGAUUGCUCCCCUUUUCUUUUCUUUUGUUGUUGUUUUGUGUUCUGUUCUUUUUAAUGGCUGGAUUAUACAGAUUAUACGCCGGGACAAUGAAAGUUGUAUACUAUCACUCAAAACGGAGGUUGCACCAUGAGUGAACCAUGGGCAAGAGGCGGUCAUGAAGAUUAGGUUUUCUCUCUCUCUCUCUCUCGCUCUCUGUUGUUUUUAAUAGGAAUUGAAUGGAAUGUUAGGUGUCUUGUAAAUGUUGUUUUAAAUCCUUUUAAACACAGAAAGGACAGAACUUCCAUCAUAACAACCUUGCUACCUGUUGCUGGAUUGCCUCCGAAUUAAAUUUGUUCAGUUUGUAAUUUCUUCUUCUCGUUUUGGGAUGUUCAGGUCCAGCUGGGGAUUAUAGGUGCCUCCUUCUUGUACAUUUCUGUCCUUUUUUUUCCUUUUCCUCUCACAACACCGAUACAGACUUUAUUAUUUUUUAUUAUUAUUAUUUUUAUUAUUAUAAUAAUUAUUAUACAAAUCAUAUAUCCCUUGAGGCAAAUAUUGACUGAAAUAAGGUCUCAUUCUCAAAAUCCUGUCCCAUGGUAUUAAGCAUUGAAAAAUAAAAAUGAAAAAAUGUGGUUUGGA